GAAAUGUUAGUUUUCUAGCAAGCACGUUCCGGUUUUGUUUACAAUAACGACAAACAUGCCAGCCAAAAAGAAAAAAGGGAAGAAGGGUAAAAAGGGAAAGAAGAAGAAGGAUGAUGCUACUUUGGAGUUGGAAGAUAAAUACCAGAGAACCGUCAAUGAAAUUGAAGCCCUCAAAGAUCACCUUGCUAUUCGCAAGGAAUUUUCUCGGAAAGCUCAUGGUGCUGAGGAUGAGAUGCGUUCUAAGGUGCGUGAAACGGAGAAAAACUUGGAAAAACAUCAGACAGACCAGAAGGCCAUUAAUGCAGACAUGACUCGACAGUACAAGACUAUGCAGACUGAAAUGAGUUUACGAAUACACAAAUUGGAAACAGAUUUGUUACGCACCAGGCAACUACUUUCAACAACAGAGGCUGACCUUAAACGAGUCACAGAGGAGAAAGAGCGUAUGACAAAGGAGAAGGACGAGGAAAUAGAUGGUCUCAACAUAAAAAUAGAUGGCAUGGAGAAAGACUAUGAGAGAAUUCUUGAUGAGACCCUUGACAGCCUGAUGGCAAAGAUCGAUGCAGCUAAAGAGAAGUGGGAAGAGAAAGCCACGCUUGUUCAGGUCAACAACAAACAUGUGCUAAUGGAAUUCGGUCUGAACCCACUAGAACUCUAGAAGUGUUGUAAAAAAUAUAUGUUACUCAUUUUUUUUCCAUUUAGAUGAAGGACAUUUUUAUCAAUUAAUCAAAUGUCUAAAUUUUGUUUUAAAGUGAAUCUAAGAAAUGUUAACUCUAUUUGUGGGGGGGGGGGUAUUGUUGGCUGUAAAUUGGAUUUGCUGAAAAAUUUAAAUGAUUUAAAAGCUUAAAAUUAGUUAUACUGCCUUGAAGUUACAUCAUAAUGAUUAGAAAGUUUGCAUGUCCAAUUAUAUUAAAGAUUCAAAGAGUAUUUCUCAUCAUAAGGGUGUAUAGGAAUAAUAUUAUAUUUAUUUCAUUUGCUAAACAUGAUUCCUAAAUCAUGUUUCAAAGAGCUUGUUUUGUAAUGUGUAUAAACUAAGUAUUCAUUAUAUUAUUUUCUCUUUUAUUUUUCAUGCCAAAACAAACGUUUUUGUGCCAGAGGUUUAAAGUCUUGUGCUACAUCUAUGUUAAACAGAACAUCUCGAGGGCCGCCUUAUCAAUGAGUGUGUUGUACAAUCAGUUUUUCAAACUUCCAUUCUUGGUUGUUUGGCUGUACUUUAAAAAAAAAGGUGUGUGGCUAGGUUACACUACAUAUAUUUAAGGUUUUGAUCACAGUUGUUCGUCUGUUCAUGCUGUAUGUCUGCAGAGGGACACUCGAGCACAUUAUUUUUUAUGAGACUCAUUAGUAUACAAUCCACUUGCUUAGUAUUUAAUCCAACUUCUGGGUUUUCUGACAUUUUUUUGUACUCGCAUUGAUGAGGUGGCCCGAAUCUUGUUUACUUUUGUCUUUUGAAUCUGUUGUGUUUUAAGAAAUGAUUAUCUGUUUUUGUUGAUUCUUGUAUAAAGACGAACAUGCACCUGCAGUUCAUUUCAUCUGUGAUUAUCAUAUUUCUUCAGCAUUUAUGGUUUAUACAUACAACGUUUGUGAUAUUUUUUAAAGAUUAAACAUGUUCACAGUU